AUGGAGGUGCCGCGCCUGGAUCAUGCCCUCAGCAGCCCCACCAGCCCCUGUGAGGAGGUGAUCAAAAACCUCAGCCUGGAGGCCAUUCAGCUGUGCGACCGGGACGGGAACAAAUCACAAGACAGUGGCAUAGCAGAGAUGGAAGAACUUCCCGUACCACAUAACAUCAAAAUAAGCAACAUUACAUGUGACUCAUUCAAGAUUUCAUGGGAAAUGGAUUCCAAAUCAAAAGACCGUAUUACACACUAUUUCAUUGACCUCAAUAAGAAAGAGAACAAGAACUCCAAUAAAUUUAAACACAAGGAUGUUCCAACAAAACUGGUGGCAAAAGCUGUUCCCUUGCCUAUGACUGUCCGUGGACACUGGUUUUUGAGCCCAAGAACUGAGUAUACAGUAGCAGUGCAGACUGCCUCAAAACAAGUUGAUGGUGAUUAUGUGGUGUCUGAAUGGAGUGAAAUUAUAGAAUUCUGCACAGCAGACUAUUCAAAAGUUCAUCUAACACAACUGUUGGAGAAAGCCGAAGUGAUUGCAGGACGGAUGCUUAAAUUUUCUGUUUUUUAUCGUAACCAGCACAAAGAAUAUUUUGACUAUAUUCAAGAACAUCAUGGGAAUGCUAUGCAGCCCUCUGUCAAGGAUAACAGUGGUAGCCAUGGCUCUCCUAUCAGUGGAAAAUUAGAAGGCAUCUUCUUCAGCUGCAGCACUGAAUUCAAUACUGGGAAGCCACCCCAGGAUUCACCUUAUGGAAGAUACAGGUUUGAGAUUGCAGCAGAAAAACUUUUCAACCCCAAUACUAACUUAUACUUUGGGGACUUCUAUUGUAUGUACACUGCUUAUCAUUAUGUGAUUCUUGUCAUUGCCCCUGUGGGAUCACCAGGAGAUGAAUUUUGUAAGCAGCGCCUUCCUCAACUAAAUUCCAAGGAUAAUAAAUUUUUGACCUGCAGAGAAGAAGAUGGGAUGCUGGUUUACCACCAUGCCCAGGAUGUCAUUUUAGAAGUCAUUUACACUGACCCUGUGGAUCUUUCUCUAGGUACCGUGGCAGAAAUCACUGGUCAUCAGCUCAUGAGUUUAUCUACUGCAAAUGCAAAGAAAGAUCCCAGCUGCAAAACCUGUAAUAUUAGUGUUGGACGUUAA